GCACAGCAGUCCUCAGCACUGCCUAGCAUCGCUAGUGCCACAGUGCGACACGUCGUUUCGAGUUUCUGACGCCCCUUGAAACUUACCACCGUCAUAGCCUCAUUGCGGGAGACAAAUCAACCUUGCCUACAGUUGAGGUCACCUCUUGCACAAUGCCUCAAUCGGCAGAACAUCAAUCUUUUACUCAUUCGCGAGAUGUCCCAGGUCGCGGAGCACAAACUCAUCGUUCUUCCAAAUAUGACGUACCAAAGGCGCCUGAAUUGGACCUUCACCGUAGACUAGCAGUGUUAGGCAUCCGGUUCGUUGCUGCUGAACAGUUGAGUUUGCAGAGUCGUUCAGUAUCGAAGUCUGCAGCAUGCACAAUGUGUUGGGUGAGGAAAGUUGCCUGUAGAAAAGAGGGUAAAUCGAUCUGCCGCCCGUGCAUAAAAUUGGAAAUACCAAAUUAUAUUUGCAACCAGGAGCGUAUGACCGCGCAUAAACCCUUCGAAAAAUGGAAAGACAAGAUCUAUGAGCUCCUUUCCACGACUGUCAAGUCUUUCGAGUCUCAAGACGCAGUACAAGCGGAGUUACAGCACUAUUCUGGGGGCCCAUACCUAAACGUGGCCUGCCAGGAAUUCGUCCCAGCCGAUGACGAUCAAGUCUACGUGCUUGAAAAGAGUUCAGAUGGCUGGCAAUUACAAAGGACUCACGCAUUCUGCCUCUCCAACCCCGCCGUUGACAUUUCUGCAUAUGUCAAAAACUGCAUUCCUUACGCAGUUGCCGAAGCAAUUCAGCGACAAGAUGACGCCUCAGAACUCUUUCGGCUCUCUUGUGAAAAUUAUGCUUAUAAUCCACUCAUAUAUGAUUGUAUGGAGUUAUACACUACGCUCCGACUGCUUCAACGGGGUUGGCGGUUUAAGGGGCAGAACCCUCUCGGAAUGGCUAUGCCUGUCAUCACAGACAGGAAUUCCGCAUGGUAUGGCGCCGUUCCCCCACCUGAAAGGGUCCAAAAACAGCUAGACCAUCGCCUUGAGCUGCAUAUGAUUCAAGUGGAUGAGCGUGUCUUAAAAAAUCUCCAGAAACUGUUUCUUAUCAAGGACAAUCGAGUAUGGGCUCCUGCUACUUUGGCCACUUUCCAUGUUCUACAUGUCCGAGAGCUUGACGGUGGGAGAAUACUUCAUUGGAACAGAUAUCAUGAUACUGCUAGAUUCUGGAACCAUCCAUCCAAACCAGCAACUCUCAUUGGGGAAACUGUGUUAUCCUGCAAUUCAAUCCUGUGGCACUAUCACUGCGCUAUAGGACAGAUACCGCUCGAGUUAGAUUGGGACGAUCCGGUAAGAAUGGCAAUGGUUGGCAAUGACGAACUCUUUCUUUCCACAAUGAAAUCAAUUCAGUUAUAUGUGCAGAUGAUGAGAACUGGAGGUAAGAUCGGUCGGAAAGCCUCAGUUCUGUAUACAGAUGGAAACCCGAAUAGCGUUACUUUCACCAUCAGCUCAUUGUUAUUCACCACUAUGAAAAGCUGUGUUGUAAGUGAUUUCUACUAAGCUGAGAAACAUGUAUGCCGUUGUUUUUACUUUGAUACAUACACCGGAUGCAAAGCUAGAAGGAAAGAAUAGUGAUAUGUUAUAUUAUAUUCUACGUUGAGUAUGGGAACGUUGUCUACCAUCCUCUCUCAUGAUAAUCAAGAAGUCCAGCAUCAAAAUACCUAUUAUGAGACGGGGCUAUUUUGCGUGUCCGGGGCUUGUUUAGAAGUAGAGUCGAUGGUUCGAAUAUUCCGAAGAUGGUUGUCUUGUUGAUCUGGCGGUCCCUAAUCAGUUGUUUCCGUAAUGAUUGAGGCAACUCUUUAGAGAACAUGUUGCGGCGAGCAGUACGUGGCGAGAGUAUCGGCGGCUGAACUAUGAACGAGGAGGAGGUCGGUAUUGGACGAGGAGCAGAACUCGGCUCAAUCUCUUGAAUACUACAACUCGACGGGUUUCCGAAUAGUGUGGUGAUAAGGGAUGUUUGCGUAAUAGUCUCCAAUUUAGAGUCGAUACGCUGGAAAGAGCCAUCAUCAUCUUCCCA